GCCCCGUGCGGCCCUUCAGAGCCGGGGCGGCGGCCAAGAUGGCGGCGGCGGACGGAGAUGACUCGCUCUACCCCAUCGCCGUCCUCAUCGACGAGCUCCGCAACGAGGACGUGCAGCUGCGGCUCAACAGCAUCAAGAAGCUCUCGACCAUCGCGCUGGCGCUGGGGGUGGAGAGGACCCGCAGUGAACUCCUGCCCUUCCUCACAGACACAAUCUACGAUGAGGACGAGGUGCUCUUGGCGCUCGCGGAGCAGCUCGGGACCUUCACUGCCCUCGUGGGGGGACCCGAGUUCGUGCACUGCCUGCUGCCCCCCCUGGAGAGCCUGGCCACGGUGGAGGAGACGGUGGUGCGGGACAAGGCGGUGGAGUCCCUGCGGGCCGUGUCCCACGAGCACUCGCCCCCCGACCUGGAGGGGCACUUCGUGCCGCUGGUGAAGCGCCUGGCGGGGGGCGAUUGGUUCACGUCACGCACCUCGGCCUGCGGCCUCUUCAGCGUCUGCUACCCCCGCGUGUCCAGCCCCGUCAAGGCCGAGCUGCGCCAGUACUUCCGCAACCUGUGCUCGGACGACACGCCCAUGGUGCGCCGCGCCGCCGCCUCCAAGCUGGGCGAGUUCGCCAAGGUGCUGGAGCUGGAGCACGUCAAGAGCGAGAUCAUCCCCAUGUUCUCCAACCUGGCCUCCGACGAGCAGGACUCGGUGCGUCUGCUGGCGGUCGAGGCCUGCGUGAGCAUCGCGCAGCUGCUGCCGCAGGAGGAGCUGGAGGGGCUGGUGAUGCCCACCCUGCGCCAGGCGGCCGAGGACAAGUCCUGGCGCGUCCGCUACAUGGUGGCUGACAAGUUCACCGAGGUGGGGGCGGCGUGGGGCCCGAGAUCACCAAGACCUGACCUGGUGGGGGCCUUCCAGAGCCUGAUGAAGGACUGCGAGGCCGAGGUGCGGGCGGCGGCCUCGCACAAGGUCAAAGGUCAGCAGGGACCCCGAUCCACCUUGAUAUCCCCUAAAUUGACUCCCAGCGUGUCCCAGUGCCCCGAGGUGCGGCUGAACAUCAUCUCCAACCUGGACUGCGUGAACGAGGUGAUCGGGAUCCGGCAGCUGUCCCAGUCCCUGCUCCCGGCCAUCGUGGAGCUGGCCGAGGACGCCAAGUGGAGGGUGCGCCUGGCCAUCAUCGAGUACAUGCCGCUGCUGGCCGGGCAACUGGGCGUGGAGUUCUUCGAUGAGAAGCUGAACUCGCUCUGCAUGGCCUGGCUGGUGGAUCACGUGUACGCCAUCCGCGAGGCCGCCACCAGUAACCUGCGCAAGCUGGUGGAGCGGUUCGGGCACACCUGGGCCCAGGGCACCAUCGUGCCCAAGGUGUUGGCCAUGGCGGCCGACCCCAACUACCUGCACCGCAUGACCACGCUCUUCUGCAUCAACGUGCUGUCUGAGGUGUGUGGGCAGGAGGUGACCACGCAGCAGAUGCUGCCCACGGUGCUGCGCAUGGCGGCCGACGCCGUGGCCAACGUGCGGUUCAACGUGGCCAAGUCCCUGCAGCGCAUCGGGCCCAUCCUGGACAGCGGGACGCUGCAGACGGAGGUGAAGCCGGUGCUGGAGAAGUUGACGCAGGACCAGGACGUCGACGUCAAGUAUUUCGCACAGGAGGCACUGACAGUGCUGGCCUUGGCCUGACCCCCCCCGGGACCCCCCCGCAUGUGACCGGCGCUGUGACCUCCCGGUGUCACCCCCACCCUCCUUUUGGUGUCCCCUUCCCCGGGGUGUCACCGUGUCCCC